AUGAUUUUGUAUGUUUUCAUGUUACGUUUAACCACUGUAAUCGUGUCAACUUAAUUUCUUGACGCACGAGCAUCUUCUCUGAUCAUUGUCAUGGAUUUUACGGAGGUACGUUUUCAAUAUGCAUCUUUUAUUCAAGCCUAUACGGUGUAUAUGAAUUUAAAGAAUUACGCAGAACGUUCCAUUAGACACUACGAUCACAAGCACUGUAUUCCUCACAAUUACUUUAGCAUUAGCUUCAUCUACAUCAGCAUUCAACCGGCGUGUGAUCCCUUUGUUAAGUGCAUUUCCUGCUCCUUCAUGUGCCGGAAGCGAAAUCCCUCUGGAUCCCGUAUUAAAUGACGCCUCCCUCAUUUAGCCUUUGCCUGCACCGCUAUCAAACGGAAGUCAGGAAAAUUAACCGCUUAAUAGCCGCUAUUUAGUCCGAACAGUCUUGUGUUACCGUUUGUGUGGCCCCAUUACGCCGCCCCAGCCGAGACCGGCAUCCAGGAAUUCCCUUGAUUGUUGCGCAUUCCUCUGCUGCGCAGUUACAUCGGAUGGACAAAUUACACUGUUUGCUUGUGCCUGUGUUGUGACAGUGAUCUCCGCGUCUCAUACCUCAACCAAUUUGCAUUGGGUGUGCUUAUUAACCUUCCCUGAUUUUUCAUUGCGGCUGAUCACGAAUUUAUUGACUGAUCCUUUUGUGCAAAUCUCAGUAUGGAUAAAACCGAGGCGCUUCCAGCACUGCUGUUAAUUAUGGCCACUAACGCCAGUCAAGCCCAGAAAUUUAUUUUAUAAAUGUUUUGGCUGGGUAAUUUGUUAUAGAUUAUUCUGUGUAAUAUUGGAAGAACUGCAAUGAAGAAUUUCAGUGUUACCGAUCGUUCUAUUAAUUUAACGGUAUUAGCUAUUGGAAUGGACGCUUUAUCGUACACCGUUCAUUUCGGUGUAGCUUCCGUCGUUCUCUCUGUCAUCGGAACUGUGAGCAGCGUUGUGUGCAUCUGGCAUACCAAGCGUCAAUUACAGCAAUACCGGGAAAAAUCCGCCGCCAGCCAAAUUUUAUUAAUCAGCUUAUCACUAGCGACUUUCCUUUUCUGCGGAUUUUGUCUUCCAGUAAACAGUUACACCAUGAUCCAAGGUCCGCUGAAUUAUCUAGGGGAUAAACUACCGCUAUGCUUAGCGCAUACUUACAUUUACUAUUUGCUUAUAACGGUUUGCGCGUUUUCCCACAGUUCCAUGGCGAUUAACCGGCUUUUACUCGUUGUCAUUAAUCCAUGUGGAUUUGCAGCAAUAACAACGUCAUUAUUAAUCUCUUGCUGGAUUUUUCCUGCCAUUAUUUAUCUAUUUCCGUUGCUCUCCAUCGGAGGGCGGUUCGGCUAUUCACCCACAAGAAAUAGGUGUGGACUGGUGGAGAUUGACACGACGUAUCAUUUGUUCUGCAAGGUUAUUUACGCUUUUAUCCCCUUGAUGAUCGUUGUUGUGUGUUAUGGGUGGAUCAUUGUGAAUGAGGUGCUUGUUAAGCGCCGCGUGGACAGAGCAUGCUCGGUUGUACCGCGGGUUCGGAGUGCCAAACGCGGGCGGCUGCAACGGGAUUUAAAGGCGACGAAGGUGGCCUGUGUGAUGUCGAUAGUCUUCAUGGUGUGCUAUUUACCGUUUGCGGUGUACGGGAUUGUGGUGCGGCGCUUAGAGGGACUGGAGUCGGUGGUGGGGAUGGGAUUUGACUUGUGGGUGUGGAUAGGUUGUUCAAUAAAUCCCAUCGUCUACGGGGUGCUGACGCAACUGUUGCGACGGCAGAAACGGCUACUUACCGGCGUCACCCAUUUAGAAAUGGAGAUGAGCAAGACGCGCUCCCUGGGUGCCGGUGUUAUGUGCGUGUUUCCCGGCGCUAAUCGAGUAGAUGAUAUGGCGCAUCGUGAUUAA